CAGCGUGUUCGACAUUAUUACCCUCUAAACUCACAACAACAAUCACACACUAUUCUGUACUUUCCACAAACAUGAGAAUCUUCAUCACUCCCCUUAACUACCUCAUCAUCAUUGUUAUUAGCUUCUUCUUCUUCUUCAUCAUUCCAUCAACCUCUUCGGAUACUUUAACCGGAACACAAAACCUCACAACCAACCAAACGCUAUUAUCACAAAACCAAUCCUUCGUGCUGGGCUUCUUCAGAGGUUCCAACACCAACUAUUAUCUCGGAAUAUGGUACAACAACAUCAUUCCUCAAACAAUAAUUUGGGUUGCAAACAGAGACAACCCCAUUGACAACUCUACAGGCUAUCUCAAGAUUGGAGAAAACGGAAACUUUGUCCUCCUCAAUUCAUCCGGCAACCCCGCAUGGUCCUCCAACCAAACCAGCGCCAAGAAUCCAGUUCUCCAGCUCCUCGAUACCGGUAACCUUGUUCUCAAAGAUUCAGAACAGAGCAAUAACUACCUAUGGCAGAGCUUCGAUUACCCAACAGAUACCUUGUUAGCUGGGAUGAAGUUGGGUUGGGACUUAGACACAGGAAUUGAGAAGUACUUAACAUCGUGGAAGGUCACAGGUGUUGACCCUUCUUCCGGUGACUACACUUACAAGCUAGAUUACCGCGGUUUACCUGAGAUUUUUCUGAGGAGAAACCAGACUAUCAUAUACCGAACUGGUCCUUGGAAUGGUGAGAGAUUCAGCGGGGUUCCAAAGAUGAACACCGAUACUGAUUCCAUUGUGUUCAGCUUCUCCGAUGACGCGCACGGCGUGUUCUACUCUUUCUCCAUCGGGAACGCUUCUUUGUUAUCGAGGCUAACGAUGACGUCAGAUUCAGGCGGAGAACUUCAACGGUGGACGUGGACAGAGAGCAGCGAAUCUUGGAACGAGUUCUGGUACGCACCGGCGGAUCAAUGCGACCAUUACAGGGAGUGUGGUCCGUACGGAGUGUGUGACAAUAAUGCAUCGCCGGUUUGCACAUGUAUGAAAGGGUUCAGCCCUAAGAACCCUCAGGCUUGGAAUCUGAGAGAUGGAUCUGGCGGGUGUGUGAGGAACACGGGUUUGAAUUGUUCGACUGACAAGUUCUUACAUCUUGAGAACAUGAAGCUGCCGGAGACAAGCAGCGUGUUUAUAAAUAAGAGUAUGACACUUGAUGAAUGUGGGAGUUUGUGUAAGAGGAAUUGUUCAUGCACUGCAUAUGCAAACAUCGAUAUUAGAAAUGGAGGAAGUGGCUGUGUUAUGUGGCUUGGUCAACUCAUUGACAUUAGAGUCUACGCUACCUAUGGCCAAGAUCUCUUCGUCAGAUUGGCAGCUGCUGAUAUAGGAUCUACUAGCUCCAGCAAGAGUCGUAGAGCAGUUCUGGCUAUUGGCAUCACACUUAGUGCACUUGUUUUAGUUUUGGGAUUGGUUGCUAUUUGUUACUUAAGGAAGAAGAGACAACAAAGAUCUAGAGCCGCUAUUCCAGGUUUUGUCCACAGAAGUCCUGAUAGUUUGAUGAAUGAGGUGGUUUCUUCUAGAGGAUACUUAGGUGAUGAAAGCAACAUGGAUGAUAUAGAGCUGCCAUUGUUUGAUUGUGAUACCUUAACAAUGGCUACAAACAAUUUCUCUCAAGAUAAUAAACUUGGAGAAGGAGGCUUCGGUAGUGUUUAUAUGGGUAGAUUGAUUGAAGGUCGAAAAAUUGCUGUGAAGAGAUUAUCAAAAAAUUCUGGACAAGGAAUUGAGGAGUUUAAGAAUGAAGCCAAGCUAAUUGUCAAACUCCAACAUCGAAAUCUUGUUCGAUUGCUUGGUUGCUGUAUUGAAAAUGAUGAAAAGAUGUUGGUGUAUGAGUAUAUGGAAAAUAGAGGCCUUGAUUCCAUUUUGUUUGACAAAUCAGAAAGUAGAUUUUUGCUUGACUGGGAAAGGCGUUUUAAUAUUAUAUAUGGAAUAGCUAGAGGACUUCUUUAUUUGCACCAAGAUUCAAGAUUUCGAAUUAUUCACAGAGAUCUUAAGAUAAGUAACAUAUUACUAGAUAGUGAAAUGAUUCCUAAGAUAUCAGAUUUUGGAAUGGCAAGAAUAUUUGACAAAGAUCAAACACAAGCAAAAACAUUAAGAGUUGUUGGAACAUAUGGUUAUAUGUCUCCUGAAUAUGCUAUGCACGGAAACUUUUCAGUAAAAUCUGAUGUUUUUAGUUUUGGUGUUAUGGUAUUGGAGAUCAUAACUGGAAAGAAGAAUAGAGAGUUUUACAGUGAUAACAAUGAAUUGAAUCUUCUGGGAAAUGUAUGGAAACAUUGGCAUGAAGGAACCGCAUUGACACUUCUUGAUCCAUCAAUCUGCAAUUCAUACACAGAAGCUGAAGUUGUAAGAUGCAUACAUAUUGGGCUCUUAUGUGUCCAAGAACAUGCAGAAGAUAGACCAACAAUGUCUUCAGUGAUCUUAAUGUUAAGUAGUGAAACUUCAUCUUUGCCAAAUCCUAAAACUCCUGGAUUUUCCAUAAAGAAAAUUCAUCCAAAGACCGAGUCAUCUUCAAGUAGUGUAAAUCAAGUUACCGUCACAAUGUUAGAUGCUAGGUAGUUAAAGAAGAAUGAUGAUAUCAUUCACUAUUUUUGUAUAUAUUCUGAGAAACAUAAAAAAAAAAAAAAAGACAAAUUCUACU